AAAAAAGUAAUUCUCAUGCUUAUAGCAAAGAAGGUCUAGAGACAGAAUUGGCUUUAAAACAAUUUGAAAGACGACGAUGUCCACACAGAAAACCGGUUUCUAGUGCUGAAUGUUUGGCUUCAAUCAUAGGUAUUAAUAAAUUAAUUGUCUUGGCUCAUACUCAUUCAUAUUUACGAGAAGGAAAUGAUAACCCUCACAAUUAUUGUGUGGCAACGCAGAAUGAAACGCUUCGCCAACAAUUUCGCGUUAUUGCUGGCGUUCCAUUGUUGUAUAUUAAUAGAACUGUAUUAAUUGUUGAACCACCGUCAGGUGCUACAUUAGAAAAGGUUAAACAA